AUGAGGAUCACAGAAAUUGUGAUUGACGGCUUCAAAUCGUACGCCGUGCGUACGGUUAUCUCAGGAUGGGAUGAAGCAUUUAACUCCAUUACCGGUCUCAACGGUAGUGGCAAAUCUAAUAUUCUCGAUGCGAUUUGUUUCGUCCUCGGUAUCACCAACAUGAGCACCGUUCGAGCUCAAAACCUCCAGGAUUUGAUUUACAAGCGCGGCCAAGCUGGUGUGACCAAGGCCAGCGUAACCAUUGUUUUCGAUAAUCGCGAUACCUCCAAAUCUCCGAUCGGCUUCGAAGAAUACGCCAAUAUCUCCGUUACUCGCCAAAUUGUGCUGGGCGGCACCAGCAAGUACUUAAUCAACGGCCAUCGCGCGCAACAGCAGACCGUCCAAAAUCUAUUCCAAAGUGUCCAACUGAAUAUCAACAACCCAAACUUCCUGAUUAUGCAGGGUCGCAUCACCAAGGUAUUGAACAUGAAGGCGGUUGAAAUUCUGUCGAUGAUCGAGGAAGCGGCCGGCACACGAAUGUUCGAGGACCGACGAGAGAAAGCGAUCAAGACCAUGGGAAAGAAAGAAUUGAAGCUGCGGGAGAUCGAAGAACUUUUGAAGGAAGAGAUCGAACCUAAGCUGGAGAAGCUGCGCUCUGAGAAGCGUGCAUUCCUCGAUUUCCAACAAACCCAGAACGACCUGGAGCGCUUGACUCGACUUGUUGUGGCCCAUGACUACGUACGCGGUGGAGAGCGCCUGCGAGUUGCAGGAUCUGAUUGUGACAACAAGAGGGACAGAGUCCAGGCGCUUGAAGAGAAUGCGCUCAAGUUGAAGAGUGAAAUAUCGCAUCUGGAAGAGGAUGUGAAGCGUGUUCGCGCCGCUCGUGAUAAAGAGCUCCGCAAGGGCGGCAAAUUUCAAGGCCUCGAGGACGAAGUCAAAAGUCACUCCCAUGACCUGGUUCGUUUGACAACGGUCUUCGACUUGAAAAAUUCUAGUAUGGACGAGGAGAAAGAGAAGCGCCAAAGCAUCCAAAAUUCUGUCAGUGAUAUGGAGAAAACUCUGAAGGAGAAGAAGAAGGUCUACGACAAGCUGCAAGCUCAGUACGAUGCUGCCAAGGCUGAUCUAGAUGCGCAGAAUGUUGAGGUUGAGCAAAAGGAGGAACUUUUACAAACAUUACAGACUGGUGUCGCUUCGAAGGAGGGACAAGAGAGUGGUUACCAGGGACAACUACAAGACGCUCGAAACCGGGCUAGCAACGCCUCUACAGAGCAAGAACAAGCGAAGCUCAAGAUCACCCACCUUGAGAAAAGAAUCAAGGAGGAGGAACCCCGUGCCAAAAAAGCGAAGGAGCAAAACCAGGAUCUUCUAAAGGACUUGGAGGGCUUGAAAGCGCAGGCCAAGAAGCUAGAGGCAGAGCUUACGCGCCUAGGCUUCGAGCCCGGCAGAGAGGAGCAGAUCUACCAAGAACAAUCACAGCUGCAGCGAGACAUCCGCGACCUUCGUCAGCAAGCGGACGCCUUCCGACGAAAAGCGGCCAACAUCGACUUCAACUACGCCGAUCCUUACCCGAACUUCGAUCGUUCGAAGGUGAAGGGUCUAGUUGCUCAGCUUUUCACAUUGAAUAAGGAUCAAGUACCAGCUGCGACUGCCCUUGAAAUUUGUGCUGGUGGUCGCCUAUACAACGUUGUUGUUGACAGCGCCGAGACGGGUACUCAGCUACUUCAAAAGGGCAAGUUGCGCAAGCGCGUGACGAUUAUUCCGUUGAACAAGAUCUCCGCAUUCAAGGCAUCUGCUGAGAAGAUUGGAGCCGCCCAAAACCUUGCCCCUGGCCAGGUUGAUUUGGCUUUGUCUUUGAUUGGAUACGAGGAGGAGGUUAUUUCGGCUAUGAACUACGUCUUCGGCAAUACGCUUAUCUGUCACGAUGCCAAUACAGCAAAGAAGGUUACUUUUGACCCUUCUGUGCGCAUGAAGAGCGUAACGCUCGAGGGAGACGUUUACGACCCGUCCGGUACAUUGUCAGGUGGUAGCUCUCCCAACUCCAGCGGCGUCCUGGUAACUCUGCAGAAGCUCAACGAGAUCACCAAGGAGAUGAGGAGCAAGGAGCGCCAACUCGCUGCCUUGGAAGAUAACAUGAACAAGGAGCGGAAAAAGCUCGAUGCUGUUCGAUCCAUCAAGCAAGAACUUGACCUCAAGACUCACGAGAUUCAACUCACAGAGCAACAAAUUAACAGCAACUCCUCCUCCUCGAUCAUCCAAGCCGUUGAAGAAAUGCGUGCAAACAUUGAGCAACUGAAGAACGAUAUUAAUGACGCAAAGUCCCGUCAAGCAGAGGCAUCCAAGGACAUCAAGCGAAUUGAGAAAGAUAUGAGCGAGUUCAGCAAUAACAAAGACAGCAAGCUAGAAGAGCUUCAGACCUCGCUUAAUUAUCUCAAGAAGAACCUCACUAAGAACUCGGCGUCUGUAAAGGAACUCCAGAAAGAGCUGCAGUCAUCACGCCUGGACUCUGAGCAGGCUGGAAGUGACCUUUCAGCCGCUGAAGAGCAAUUAUCCGAAACAGAAAACACCCUGCAGGCCCAGUUGGAGGAAAUUGAAUCCUUGAAACGCGAGCAAGCGCGCUUGAAGGAUGCUCACGAUAUUGCACAAGCCCAACUUGACGACGAGAGGGCUAAGUUGACCGGCUUCGACGAAGAGAUGCGCGAGCUUGAGGAGACCAUUAAGACAAAAUCGUCGCAGAUCACAGAAGAGGGUCUGGAGAUGCAAAAGUUAGGUCACCAGCUCGAGAAACUUCAGAAGGACCAGCAUACCGCCUCCCAAGCUGUUGCCUAUAUGGAGCAAGAACACGAGUGGAUUGCAGACGAGAAGGAACAAUUUGGCCGCCCGAACACACCAUAUCAUUUUCAAGAUCAGAACAUCGCCGAAUGCAAGUCGACACUGCGCAAUCUCACGGAACGUUCUCAAGGCAUGAAGAAGAAAAUCAAUCCCAAGGUCAUGAAUAUGAUUGAUAGUGUCGAGAAGAAGGAAGCUGCCUUGAAGAACAUGAUGAGAACGGUCAUUCGUGACAAGAGCAAGAUUGAGGAAACCAUCAUCAACCUUAAUGAAUACAAGAAGGAAGCCCUCCACAAGACCUGGGUUAAGGUCAAUGGCGACUUUGGACAGAUCUUCAAUGAGCUCCUCCCAGGCAGCUUUGCCAAGCUGGACCCGCCUGAGGGUAAAGACAUCACUGAUGGGUUAGAGGUCAAGGUGUCACUGGGUAAAGUCUGGAAGCAAAGUUUGACAGAGUUGAGUGGUGGACAACGGUCCCUCAUUGCCUUGUCUCUGAUCAUGGCCCUUUUGCAAUUCAAGCCCGCCCCCAUGUACAUUCUUGAUGAGGUUGACGCAGCCUUGGAUCUAUCUCAUACUCAGAACAUCGGGCGACUCAUCAAGACCCGAUUCAAGGGAUCUCAAUUCAUCGUCGUCUCCCUUAAGGACGGCAUGUUCCAGAACGCCAACCGCAUUUUCCGCACCCGGUUCAGUGAGGGUACUAGUGUCGUUCAGGCACUGACUCCUGCUGACAUGAAAUGA